AUGACCAAACUGAAAACAACUGUUGGAGCAGAGAUCUCUUCGCUUAGCGCCAGAAUGUUAGCUUCACGGACUAGAAUACAGGGAUCCAGACGUCUGAGUCGGGGUCUGGCCACCGCUUUGGACCAGAUCAAGGCUCCGGCUGGGUUCGAGUCGCGCGCUCCUCCAUAUGGAAAAUUGGUUGAUAAGCUUUUCAAGGUCAAACACAUUCUGAAUGAUCAGCCGCUCACUUUGGCCGAGAAAAUCCUGUAUGCGCAUCUUGUGAACCCAGAAGAUCUUUCUGGAUCGGGAUCUUCCAAAAACAUCAGAGGAUCCAAAUACUUAAAGUUGAACCCUGAUAGAGUCGCUAUGCAGGAUGCUUCUGCUCAGAUGGCUCUUUUGCAGUUCAUGACGUGUGGAAUGGCUUCCACUGCUGUUCCUGCUUCCAUCCACUGUGAUCACUUGAUUGUCGGUAAAGAAGGAGCCGAUAUCGAUCUCAAGUCUGCCAUUGCAACCAAUCAAGAAGUGUUUGACUUCUUGCAGAGCUGUGGAGAAAAAUAUGGUAUCCAGUUCUGGGGACCUGGUUCCGGUAUCAUCCACCAGAUCGUGCUUGAGAACUUCUCUGUUCCUGGUUUGAUGAUGCUCGGUACAGACUCGCACACUCCAAAUGCCGGUGGUCUGGGUGCCAUUGCUAUUGGAGUUGGUGGAGCAGACGCUGUUGACGCACUGACGGGAACUCCAUGGGAAUUGAAGGCUCCAAAGGUUUUGGGAGUCAAACUGACCGGAAAAAUGAACGGCUGGACUUCUCCGAAGGACGUAAUCACUCAUCUGGCUGGUAUCUUGACCGUCAGAGGAGGAACAGGAUACAUUGUGGAGUAUUUUGGUGAAGGUGUCGAGACUUUGAGUUGUACCGGUAUGGCCACCAUCUGUAACAUGGGAGCCGAGAUUGGUGCCACCACGUCGACUUUCCCUGUGCAAGAGGCCCACUACAGAUACUUGGCUGCCACUAACAGAGGUCCUCUUGCGGAGCUGGCCAAACACGUCAACCAGAACUACCAAUACAUGACUGCUGACCCUGGCUGUGAGUACGACCAGAUCAUCGAGAUCGACCUCAACACCUUGGAGCCAAGCGUGAACGGACCGUUCACUCCUGAUCUGUCUACUCCAAUCUCCAAGCUGAAGGAGACCACCAAGGAGAACGAGUGGCCAGAGAACAUUACUGCCGGUUUGAUUGGUUCGUGUACCAACUCGUCGUACCAGGACAUGUCGCGUGCUGCCUCGAUCAUCAAGCAGGCCACCGAGGUUGGACUGAAGCCAAAGAUCCCCUUCUUUGUGACUCCUGGCUCUGAGCAGAUCCGUGCCACCAUCGAGAGAGACGGUUUGAUCAACACCUUCGAGAAGAGCGGCGCCAUUGUGCUGGCCAACGCCUGCGGUCCAUGUAUCGGACAGUGGGACAGAGGCGAAUCUGCUCCAAAGGACACCAACGUGAUUUUCUCCUCGUUCAACAGAAACUUUAGAGCAAGAAACGACGGUAACAGAAAUACCAUGAACUUCCUCACCUCUCCAGAUAUUGUCACAGCCAUGAUCUACUCUGGAGACAUGGGCUUCAAUCCCUUGAAAGAUGCCAUCACGCUCGAAAACGGCGAGGUGUUCAAAUUCGAGCCUCCUCACGGCGAAGAGCUUCCUUCUGAAGGUUUCAUUGCCGGAAGACAGGAGUUCUAUCCACCAUUGGAGCCACAGCCGCAGCCAGAAGUCGCCGUGAACGUUUCUCCAGAGUCCGACAGAUUGCAACUUUUGGAGCCGUUCGAUGCCUGGGAUGGAAAGGAGCUACAGACCACUGUUUUGUUGAAGGUGGAAGGUAAAUGUACUACGGACCACAUUUCUGCUGCCGGUGUGUGGCUGAAAUACAAGGGACAUCUGGAAAACAUCUCGUACAACACGCUGAUCGGUGCCCAGAACAAGGAGACUGGCGAGGUGAACGUUGCUUACGACUUCGACGGCAAGCCAUACGGUAUUCCAGAGCUCAUGAUGAAAUGGAAGGACGAGCACAGAGAAUGGUGUGUGGUUGCAGAGCAUAAUUACGGAGAAGGUUCUGCCAGAGAACAUGCUGCUCUUUCUCCAAGAUUCCUUGGAGGCAAGAUCAUUCUGGUCAAGUCGUUUGCCAGAAUCCACGAAACCAACCUCAAGAAGCAGGGUAUGCUGCCGCUGACCUUUGCCAACGAGGCCGAUUACGACAGAAUCAGCUCCACCGACGUGCUCACCACCGUUGGUCUUCCAGACAUGGUGGCCAAGAAGGGUGACAACGGCGGAAUUCUCAAGGUCAAGGUGACCAAGAAGUCUGGCGAGGAGUUCGAGAUCGACUGUAAGCACACCAUGAGUGAGGACCAGAUCGAGUUCUUCAAAGCCGGUUCUGCUAUCAACUACAUUGGUAACCAGAAAAAGUUGAACUAA